GUGGAAACAGUGAAACAGACAAACAGAAGCAUUUAGUCACGGAUUAGUGCGUCCGCGUGCGUGUACAAGCUGAACAGUCUAAGCGCAUCAUUGGCUGACAAAAACGCGCGCGUGCCUCAGAGAGGACGGAUAAAGAGCUCCGGCCGCUUUAACUCCUCCGGGAUUCAGAGUCCCAGCUGCGGUGUGAGACCUACGGAAUUGAACUUUGGUUUGGAUUCCUUUUGUUUGAUCCAAACUGGAGCUGUCGGCGGUGCUGGAAUAUGAACCAGAGUGCGGGAGCAGCGCAGCACACCCGGAGGUUCUCCGUGGAGGACAAGGAUAUUGGACCGAUCGGACCAGACAGGAACUGGAAAGGCAUCGGGAUCUCGCUGCUGGUCAUAGCGGUGGUUCUGUCUUUCAUUGGACUGUCCAUAGUUUUGCUGUCCAAGGACAAUGGUGGGAAUCCCUUCGGCUCACAGCUGAUGCUGGAUGAUCUCUUUCAGAGGAACUUCCAGAUCCACGACCCGGAUGCAACCUGGAUCAGCCCUGAAGAAAUAAUCUUUCGAAGCUGGGAUGGAGAUGUUUUCAAAGUUGACGUGAAAAGUGAAGAGACGGACCUCCUGGUGAAGAACAACACCUUUGUGACAUUUAAAGCGACUAAGUUUGCUGUUUCUCCCGACAAGAACUUUGUUCUGCUGGGUUAUGAUGUCAGACAGGUUUACCAGCACUCGUUCCUGGCUUCGUAUCUGGUUUAUAACCUGCACACAAGGGAGGUCCGGGAGCUCAACCCUCCAGAGGUGUCGGACUCGGUUCUGCAGUUCGCCUCAUGGGGCGUUCAGGGUCAGCAACUGGUGUACAUAUUUGAGAACAACAUCUACUACCAAACCCACGCUCAGAGCAGCUCGUGGAGACUCACGUCUUCUGGACAGGAGGGGGUCGUCUUCAACGGCUUGGCGGACUGGCUUUAUGAGGAGGAGGUUUUGCACACCCAGGUGACCCACUGGUGGUCACCUGACGGAUCCAGACUGGCCUACCUGACCAUCAACGACUCCAUGGUCCCAACCAUGUUGCUGCCUCGCUUCACAGGCUCUCUGUACCCAAGAGGGAAGGAGUACCCGUACCCAAAGAUGGGGCAGAUGAAUCCCAGCGUGAGUCUUCAUGUCGUCUCUCUGGACGGCAGCUCGCUGGUGACAGAACUGAGACCUCCUGACAGUUUUGUGGAGAGUGAAUUCUACAUCACCAUGGUAACAUGGGCGACACACGAGAAGCUGAGCGUCCGAUGGGUCAACCGAGUUCAAAACACGUCGAUUCUCUCGCUGUGUGAUACUACGACCGGCGUCUGCAUAAAGAAACAUGUGAUGACAUCAGAGAAGUGGUUGGAUCAUCAGAAUGAGGAACCGCUGUUCUCUGAUGACUGCACCACAUUCUUCAUCACCAUGCCUCUGAAGGAUGGCAAUCACGGCGCCUUCAACCACAUCACCAUGAUCUCCAACCAAUCCAGCAGCCAGGAGGUGAACGUCCGACACCUGACCUCUGGGAACUGGGACGUGUCUCAAAUUCUGAGCUACGAUGAGAAACGAAACUGGCUGUAUUUUAUUAGUGCUGAAGAUGGCCCAACCCAGAGGCAGCUGUACAGGGUUUCCACCGUGGACCCGUUUCGUAAAACGUGUCUGAGCUGCUCGCUCUUCAGACCCAACUGUUCCUUCUAUGAUGCCUCCAUCAGCUCCACUCACCAGCAUGUCCUCCUCACCUGCACAGGACCUGGUGUCCCUCAGACGUCUGUCCACAGACUGGAUGAUCUGAGCUCUGGAAUCAGAAUUCUGGACCAGAACGCAGAGUUGAGACGAGCGCUGAUGGGCCGAGUGGUACCGAGGACAGAGAGGAGAACCAUCCACAUCAACACCUUUGCUUUCCGUUUGGAGCUGGUGGUUCCGGUCGAUCUGGAUGAAACAAGGGAGCACCCUCUCCUCCUGGUCCUGGACAGCACCCCCGGUGGUCAGGCGGUGAGCGACCGUUUCUCUCUCAGCUGGGAGUCAGUUCUGGUCACUUCGGACCAGGUCAUCGUGGCCCGUUUAGAUGGCAGAGGCAGCGGCUUCCAGGGUCAGAGGAUCCUUCACGGGCUUCACCAGAGACUGGGUUCUGCUGAUGUUCAGGACCAGAUCGCCGCCGUCGAACACCUGAUCAAGCUGCCGUACGUCGACGGCAGCAGAGUCGGAGUUUAUGGAAAGGCAUAUGGAGGUUUUCUGUCGAUCCUUCUGCUCCUGUCUCACACUUCGGUGUUUAAAUGUGGCAUCGCCGUCGCUCCCAUAACGAACUGGAGACUCUUUGGAUCUUCCAGCUCAGAGAAAUACUUUGGUUUUCCACCCAAAGGAGAUCAUAAGUACGAGGUCUCCAGUCUGAUCGGCAGUGUCUCGGCUCCAAAAGACUUCCUGAUUCUCCACGGAACGGCCGACGCCUCGGUUCAUUUCCAGCAUUCUGCAGAGCUGGUCAAGCUGCUGUCGGUGUUAAACGUUAACUACACGCUGCAGAUUUUUCCAGAUGAAGGACACAACAUGUUCUCCACCCAGAACCAACGCUUCCUGCUCAACUCUGUGCUGAACUUUUUCCGGCGCUGCUUUGAGUGGGAACAAGUCGACACUAAGGAAACGUCUAAAGAAGACGAUUAAAUCAGACGUCCUUCAGAAAUGACAUUCCUUGUUCUGAUGUUGGUGAUUUCCUGAGGAUGGUGACUCAAACCCUCCAGAAUCUUGGGGAUCCCUCACAGAUCUGAUCAGCUCUGCAGCAGGAGGUUAUUUCAACAUGAGAAGCAGAGAUCCCAAAGGCAGGGAGUCCAGGAUGAGUGCUCCUGUACCAAACUUUGUCCAAACGGAGCGGAUUUUAUCUUCUGGUUUUAUUUAAUCUAGGAAAGUUUCCUGUAAAUAAAACUAAUUUCUUUCUACAUUUAAACAAACUAAGAUUUUAGAAUUUCACAACUUUAAAAAAUAUUUAUCUUUCUAGUUUCACUUCUUCACAUCCAGAUUUGGCGUUUUCAAUUUGACGGUGAGGUCAGAAUAGAACCCACAGCUUGUUUGUUUGUUUGUUUAUUAAAUUGAAUUAACUUGUUAUUUUACAUUAAGACUAGUGUGGUCUAACAGGAAUGCUGAUGGAAUUCUAGUUCUGUGUACAUACACUAACUUCCUUCUGGAGGACUUUAGCUCCGCCCCUUUUUCCACAUGCACGCAUUUGUUUUUUAUGUCAGACUGAAAACUGUUGUAACCGUGUACAUAUUCCCAGAAACACUUCCUGCUGGUGCCUUUAAUCCUAGUAACAUCUUUAGAUUAUCUCAGACUAUCUCAGCAUCAAUAACAGCCAUAAAAUAAUCCACCCGUUAGAGCUGCUGCUUAUUCUUUGUUUCUUUUUUGCAUUUGUGUAAAAUAUGAACUUGUUUUAAUUAAUGAACGACAUAUUAUGUUAUUUAAAAUAAUCUGUAAUAAUCUGAUGACUGGUUAAACCAGCUAGAGUCUCUGAGCUGCACUUAAUCCCACAAUGUGAUAAAUGGCUGACAUGAAAGAACUUGGAGUUGAAAUCAUCUGUGGAACCUGGAACCAGACUCUGAUGGUAUUGAAGAUUUACUUGGGUCCAUAAUCUGGGUUAAGAUGCUGUAAUAUUGGUAAAAAUGUCCUCAGUAACAUCUGGAUUUGUACAAAUCAAUAAAUUAUUAAAUGGAUCCUAUUUGAAUUUGUUUAGAUUUUUGAACAUGUUGAAAGAUUCAAAAGAACAAGGAUGAAUUUGUGUUUUAAAUCCAGUUUAUGAGCUACACACAAACAGGAAGUGUUAAUACCAGAAACACCUUUAUCCCACAACUUUUAUUUCCUGUUUCUAGUUUGUUUUGUUUCCGGGGAGGUUUUCUGUAUUUUUGUUGUUAAAAUAUAACAUUUCAAUCAAGAACUGUAUGUUUUAUAGUUACUGGUAUGUUUAAAAAUAAGCACAACAGUGAAAAUAAAUAAACAAAAAAUCUCUUUAUUUUAGUGGUGCUAUGAUUAAAUUUAGGGGUGCUUCUGCCCCCCCAAAACAGGCUAAAAAAUUCUCAUGAAGCGAUCCCGUUUGGUUCUGGUCUUCCUGCACCUGAGUGAAGUUAGCUGGAUCUUGGAUAUUCGACAGACAUUCACUCCGCGGUCAGCGAUGGUCUUCAAGCCGUGUGCAAGUGCUGCAGACGGCGGUUAGCUGUGUUCCGACGACUCGGUGGUUCACUUAGGGACCAUCAACAAAUGUAUGGUCGUUUGAAAACAAGUACUAAAGUAAUCAAAAGCAUCCAGAUUACUUUAUUAAAUUACUCUAAAUCAACUGUCAAUGGUCUAACUAAACUACAUGC